AUGAUUGUGCAUCUCUUUGUUCUAUUCCUCUGCUCAAAAUUAGUAGUAUUGUCUGGAGCCAGACUGCAUGGAAAUGAGAACGACCGGUUGGCACUUCUAGCUUUGAAGGAAGGACUAAAGCAAAAUCCUAGCGGGGCUCUUAGCUCAUGGAACAACAGUAACCAUGUCUGUGACUGGGAGGGAGUGACAUGCGGCAGCAAGCAUCCAGAGAGAGUCAUAGCUCUCAACCUAAGCAACCAUGACUUGCAAGGCUCCAUAUCUCCAUUCAUAGGUAACCUUUCUUUUCUCAGAAAGAUAGAUCUCAUGAACAACGCUCUCCAGGGAAAUAUCCCUGGUGAGUUAGGCCGGUUGCACAAACUGCAAUUUCUCAAUCUUGGCAACAAUUCACUUCAUGGUGCAAUACCUGCCAACCUGAGCCAUUGUUCCAGUCUCAAAACUAUGGUAUUAGAGUACAACCAACUUGGUGGUGCCAUCCCUGUGGAGCUUGGAUCAACACCAAAGCUUGAGUUGCUGGCUUUGGAUAACAACAAUCUCACUGGAGUUAUUCCUCCUUCAUUCGGGAAUCUCUCUACUCUUAUGUUAUUCUCUUGCAUGUAUAAUAAUCUUCAAGGAAGCAUACCAAAGGAGCUUGGCAAGCUUCCAAAACUAGAAUUCUUUCAAGCAUCAGCUAACACACUCACUGGUAUGAUUCCUUCCCAGUUGUUUAAUCUCUCGUCCUUGUUUUACUUAAGUGUCGGUAAAAAUCACCUCCAUGGCACCCUUCCACCAAAUUUAGGCAUCCAACAUAUGAAUCUCCAAGUCCUUUAUUUAACCGACAAUCAAUUUAGUGGACCCAUUCCUGCUUCAUUGCCAAAUGCCUCCAGUCUCCAGGAGAUUGAUUUAUCACUAAACAAUUUUAGCGGAAAAAUUCCUAGCAACUUUGGGAGUUCACAGAGUCUACCAGUCGCAAGUCCUGCUUUUGGGUUUCAAUCAGCUAGCAGGCAUAUUCCCUAG